AUGACUACUGACCAUGAACCUAAUACUGAGCGGGGCAGCAUUGAGAACAGAGGUGGCUUUGUCUCAAACAUGCCAGGCACUGGUGGGGAGGAGGCUUCUUUGUUUGCAAUGGACAUCUUCAAAAUGUACGAAAAGUAUGCUCACAAGAAUGGCUGGAAAUUUGAAGUAGUAGAUAUUGCUCAAUCAGAUCUUAAAGGAUACAAGGAAGCUAGUGCAGUAAUUGUAGGAGAUGGUGCUUUUGGGAAACUAAAAUUUGAAAGUGGAAUCCAUAGAGUACAGAGAGUUUCUGUGACAGAAAAAUCAGGACGAGUUCAUUCCAGUGCUGUUUCUGUUGCAAUCCUCCCUCAGGCCGAUGAGGUUGAUGCUCAAUUGAAGAAUGAAGACCUAAAAAUUGAUACCUACAGAUCUAGUGGUUCGGGUGGUCAGCAUGCAAAUACAACAAACAGUGCUGUUAGAAUAACUCACAUUCCAACUGGGAUUACAGUUUCUAUACAAAAUGAGCAUUCUCAACACCAAAACAAGGCCAGAGCACUUAAAGUAUUCUGUGCAAAGCUAUUUGAAAUGGAAAAGAAAAAUUCUUGUAUUUGA